UUGAAUUUUGCAUUUAGAGUUUCGAUGGUUAUCACAAGUUGAUUAUCGCGUUAAAGUUGAGCCGGCCGUGCUCACAGCCAUGGUUAGUUGGAUUUCCACCACUAUAUAUACACAUGUUAUGUCAAAGUGGUCUGUGGACCGACUAAGCUUCUUGGUUUUUUCCCCUUUAAAAUCUAUACAUCAUAUCAAAACCAGAAGAAUCUGCAAAAUUAUUCAGAGGAAUGUCUUCAUACUAAAAAGCUUGGACUUGUGCUUCAAUCCAAGAAUGUCUCUAUCUCUUUGCUUCUCUCCACUCAUUGCAUACCCAAAACACAAGCCCUUUAAUAAAUCCAUGAUUUCAUCAAGGGCAAAAAUGUCUAAGCAGGGCCUGCUGCGUGUCAAUUGUGUUGAAGAAAAUUCUCAUAGUCUUCCGGUGACAGCGACUCAUGUAAAAUCCAGAUGGGAAGAAUGGCUAUCAACUGCUGCUAGCCUUUACCCUGUCUAUGUAACUGUUGGUGGGGUUGUUGCUUGUUUGAGACCAUCCACUUUUUCAUGGUUUGUUAAUGCAGGUCCAACUUCAUAUAGCUUAGCUCUUGGCUUUAUAAUGUUGGCAAUGGGUCUCACUUUGGAGCUCAAAGAUUUGCUUAACUUGUUCUUGCAAAAGCCUCUUAUUAUUCUUUUUGGUUGUGUUGCACAAUAUACAAUUAUGCCAGCCUUUGGAGUGAUACUUAGCAAAUCUUUGGGUCUUCCUCCGUCAGUUUCCGUUGGUCUAAUAUUGCUUGCUUGUUGCCCUGGGGGUACUGCAUCCAACGUGGUAACCUUAAUUGCUCAAGGAGAUGUACCAUUAUCAGUAGUGAUGACACUGUGUACCACACUUGGAGCAGUUGUUCUCACUCCCCUCCUGACAAUGCUUCUGGCAGGCACAUAUGUUCCUGUGGAUGCUAUUAAGCUUUCCAUCAGCACGCUACAAGUGGUGGUUGCUCCCAUUCUCCUAGGUUCUUAUCUGCAGAGCAAAUUUUCAAGAGCAGUGAAAUUUGUUGCACCGUUUGCUCCCCUUCUAGCAGUCUUAACUUCAUCACUUCUUGCUUGCAGCGUAUUCUCAGAAAAUGUUGUUCGUCUGAGAUCAUCAAUGGUUGGUAUGUCAGUCUCCUCUGAUUUAUCUCUAUUUAAUCGGAUUCAAGCAAUGUUCACAAGUGAAUUUGGGGUUGUAGUAGUUUCUGUGCUUUUGUUGCAUUUUGCUGGAUUCUUUGUAGGGUACCUUUCAGCCGCCUUAGGUGGUCUUGCUGAACCUCAGAGGCGUGCCAUAUCCAUUGAGGUUGGCAUGCAGAAUUCCUCCUUGGGAGUGGUUUUAGCGACCACACAUUUCGCAUCAACGUUUGUUGCAUUACCUUCUGCAAUGUCAGCUGUCAUUAUGAACAUAAUGGGCAGUACUUUAGGUUUCUUUUGGAGAUAUAUUGACCCUUCUGAUUCAAAGAUUAGUCCAGAAGCCACUGAUAAAUAAUAGUGACUAAUAAAUCAUAGUAGGAUUCAUGGUCACCAUUUUCUCCUGCUGGUAUAAUUUUCGUGAGCUUGGUAACUCUGCUCCUCUUUGUUUAUAUUUCUGGCCCAACUGAUUCAAUACAGUUCGUGUCAGAUUUAGCUUAUCUACAUCGAUAAUAUGAAGAUUUCAUACAUUA